AUGUCAACUACCUUUUGGACCGCAUCAAAACACCGGUCCGUGAGUAAAGGGAAAGAAGCACCAUCUAAAGUUGAGCGUGAAAAACGUGGAGAAGGCCGUGCUGGUGAACGAACUGGUACGGUGACGAGUGAUACAAAUGGAAGGGUCGGCCGUAAAGGACCUCAACUCAAUUCGGAGUUGGUCGAUGACAUGACUGCAUUGCGGAUGGGUAAGACUAGAUUGGUGAGUAAAAACAAGAACAAGCCUAGUAAACUAAAAGAAGUUAUUCUUCAUGAUAAAAUAAUCGAAAAUGAUGAUGACGAUGGUAUUGCGGAAAACUCCAAUGAGGUGAAUGGCAGCACUCUACCAGAGAUCACCGUACGGCACUACGUUCAUCAGUUUCUCUCACCAGAGCUGGAUGUACUAGUACAAGAUAUGCUCGAAGAUUUACAUCGCUAUCAAGAAAGGGCCAAAGAGAAUCCUGCUAAGUUCAAGAAGCGAAAAAGAUUUGUCACUGGGCUGCGAGAAGUCAGUCGGGCGCUCAGAUUGGGGAAAUUGAAAGGUGUAAUAGUGGCACCAAACAUGCAUUCAUCAGCAUCUUCUGGCGGUCUGGACGAUCAUGUGGUUGAGAUUGUCGAUGAAGCCUCUUUGGGAGGCGAUAAGCUCCUCGAUUCUGAUCGUCCAGCCGUACCGGUGGUAUUUGCCCUAUCGAAGAAUAGACUUGGUAAGGCUUGCGGUAAACCUGUUCGACAAUGUGCUGUUGGUCUAUUAUCCGUCGAAGGCGCUGAGAGGAAAUGGAAGCAGAUUAUCGAAAUGACAGAAAGGCUGAGGCGUAAGUGGCUCGAAGAGCGUCUUACAUCAGCCUCAGUUGAUGUCGUCGACACGACUUGA